CAGAGAUGUGCUAGUGCUGCCGAGACACGGGGCGUGCGGGACCCGAGCCGGAGCUGUCCCUUCAGCACCCACUCUCGGACACUCAGCCGGCGCAGCAGGUCACCAGCUUUGAAGAACCAUUUCUGUGUAACAUUCAUGUAAGAACUGGAAUUGAAGACACAAAAGAUCACCAGAAGAAAUCAUGGACUUUGUUAUGAAACAGGCUCUGGGAGGAGCAACCAAAGACAUGGGAAAGAUGUUGGGUGGUGAUGAAGAGAAGGACCCUGAUGCAGAGAAAAAGGAAGAAGAAAGAUUAGAAGCUCUGCGACAGGCUGAAGAAGAGCGUGCAGGAAAAUAUGCCAAAAUGGAAGCUGAGCGAGAAGUAAUGCGACAAGGAAUCCGUGACAAGUACGGAAUAAAAAAGAAAGAGGAGAAGGAGGCUGAGGCCAUGGCAGCCAUGGAAGCUCAGGCAGAGGGGAGCCUGACAAGGCCCAAGAAAGCCAUCCCCACUGGCUGUGGGGAUGAAGAGGAGGAAGAGGAAAGCAUUCUGGACACUGUCUUAAAAUAUCUCCCUGGGCCUCUGCAAGACAUGUUCAAGAAGUAAUGCUUUCAGUUCUCUGCAGAAUAACUCUUGGUUUUGUUGCUAAGUGUAAACCAUUCUCAUUAUAAAAUGGGAACUUUUUGUCAUCAUUCCCACUCUGUGUGGUUUGUCAGCCCAUCACAUCCUGUGUGUGGCAUGGAACAUCCACCACAAAUCUGUGUAGCAGUCAUGAAAUAACCUAACCUGAUAAGCCAUGUUUAUAGUCAAAUAAAAUCUAGAAAUUUAAUAGUGAAAUAAAGGGACAUAUCUUUUUAUCAGUGUGGUCAGUUUGACAUUGCAGGGCUCCAGUUAGCUUUGAUACAACAUUUGUUCAUCAUAUUGGUUAAAUAAAUUAUCAGGUCACAGCACUGGCUCAUACCUACAAUGCUCAAACUCCAACCCAACCCAUUACUUCCUCCGCUGAUGUCAAUGUACGGCAAGAUUCCCACAUGGCAGAACUCGGUUAAUGAUUGAAUUAUGGCUGUGAUAUAAUGGUCUGUAGAUUUACACAUUUCUGUCCAACUCUUUAUCCUGCUAUGUUGAUGUCACUUUGAACAGGUCUCUAAAAGACAAGAGAGUGGGCUAAGGAUGUACUGAGCAUUUGGUUCCUUCUGUUGAAAAGCUUCAGUUCCAGAUUUUAGCAUUUUAUUAUGCAACUGUACAUCAGAAAUUUGUUGUUUUAGAAUCAUUUGUUGCCAUUUCUGGUCAGUUAACACGUAAAGUUAACUUAACACUGUACAUUGAUCAGGGGAUACAGACUUUGUGAACAUAAGCAUGAGAGUUUGAUAUCCAUCUAGUGUAAAUUGCUCAGUAUUGUUAGUACUUUGUUACUUCCUCCAUGGCUGGGGAACAUAAGUCACACUGUCCUGGUCUGUGAGUUAUCAGGUACUCAGCAAAUGGGAUGGGGUUGAUGGGCUCAGUGUUUUAUUGAAGGAGAAUCUGUGUAGUUGGUGAUUAACGUUGCUGAUACCUGUUAAUUUUUCCAUCUCCAGAUUCACCAAUUAAAUUGGUCAGUCAGAAUUUGGGGUGUUUGAUAAUGCCAAAAAGAAGUUGUGAUUCCAGCAGCUAAAUUCUCUCCAGCUGUACCACGUUACCUCAAUGUUCUUUUAAAAUGUCACAAUGCAUCAUAGAGGUUGGAAUUGCCAACAUUUGCAGAAGGUGACAAAUGGCUCUCACAGGGAUGGAACUAUCAAACUCAGAGACUGCAAGGGUUUUGCCCAGAGUGGGACCAUCUCCCGUCACAGAACUCAGGUUGCAACAUUUCUGUUCUGUGCAAGUGGUGAGACUGGGGGCCAGCUCCCCUGAGUCCUCUCUACACAGUCACACAAUCAGUGUAAAACAGAAGGCAAUAACUCCAGGCGGGAAGUGGAAGGUUGCCACCACGCCCCAUUGAUUUCAGCCUAGUUAUUUUUUACAGGAUGCUUUGUCUCAUUUCUCACUGGUUAAGUAUCUGGUGUUUGCCAUUAUAUGUAUUAAAACCUGUCAGAAUUGUAAAUAGUUAAUAUAUACAAAAUUAAGCCAUUUAAAAUUGAGAUGAAGAAUAGAUCAUAUUGCUGGAUAUGGGAUUCUCCCAUGCAAAUCAUCACUGUGAACUUCCAGGUUGUGUGGAGAAUUCUUGUCAUUUGAAGAUUUGAUGAGCUUUCUCAGAAGGUGAAGCCACUUUAUCCUGGGUACUGUAUUUUCCUCAGCCAUACCAGCUGAUGCAAUAUUUCUAUUAACGUUAAUUUUAUUAACUAGUGUUGGUCUUUGGAAACAUUGUGCUGGGCCCAAACGCUGUGCUUUUCUCAGGACCUGCCAAUGAGUGGGCUGGAGGGUGAUGUCAGAGUACAGACUUGACUUUGGAGUUAAACCACAGAGGUCCUAGUUAUUGUGCAGUGAUGCAGGGCACUUGGAGCCAAAUGUUACCUCCUCCCUCUGAGGCAGCCUCUUGGGAUGGCAGAUGACUUGCUUCCACUCUGGUUCUGUGGGGUUUGAGCUGGUUGGUGAGGUGAGCUCUGCCACAGUCGGGCCAGGAGGUUAUGGGGCGGGCGGGCCAGUGCUUAGGAGGUGGCCGCUCCUUUCACUGCUUAUUGCUGGGCUUCUGUGUGCUCCCGAUGCCAGUUCCCACCUGAAAGCUCCUUUUCCAUUCCAAGCAUUGAUGGGCUGGAGGUUUUGGGAGUCAGCGAGGAUGUCACAGUUUUCAAGGAGACUUUGAGGACAUCCCUGGAUAUUUUCCUUGUUCUGCCUGGAAAUCUUUUCCUGAGACAGAGCUUGGAAUGGUGGGUCUGUUGUGGGUGAGUGACAUGGUCUGACUGAGAGGGAGCAGGGCCUCAGUGCUGAGGAAGCACAGGACCACUGCUGCCUGUGGACCAUGAGAUUAGUGCAGGGUUUCAUGGGCUCAUAUGUUGCACUUCACAGGGAAAAGCCAGAACACUAGGUUUCUGCACAAUUAUGAAACUGAUCAUUGGGAAAGUUAUAAUAUCAACUGCAUUAUUACUGUUGAAUUCUGUGAUAGACAAUGCUUGUGGACAUCACCUUAACCUGUGGAUUAAAGACGGAAGCCCACCAUCUUCUCCUUGUCCUCACCCUGUGCUCCCUCUUCCUAUGUCCACAGAGCCCAGGUUCCCCUUCGUCUCCCCAUCCUUACCACUCCCUCCCCUCACCCUCACACUCCACCCUCCUUACCUUUACCCCCUCCCCUUCCUGAUUCCAUUGACAUUUUCUAAAAAAAACAGUGAAAAUGAUUCAUUGAAAUGAAAGAGCUAAAAUAUGUUUCUUUGAGUCUACAUGUUGUGAUUUAAUUUCAAUUAAACCAAAGAAGGAUUAUCUCCCUUGUUCUGUUCAACCAGCCAUUCUUGUUUUGCACUGUUGAUAUUGAUCGCUGUGAAAAGGAUACAGUUUUUCUCAGGUAUUGGUUCUGGGAUUUGACCAUCUCACUGGACGGCCAAGUGAGUUCAUGAGUUUGUUUCACUUACGGCCUUUCCAAGGAAUAGGAGCAAAAGCUCACAAUGAGGAGAAUAAAAAGCAAAUUUCAUUUGACAAUGAUUGAUAAACUCCACAUAUUUCAACAGAGAAAGCCAUAAUGUAGGCUUGGCAGUCUUAAAUAUUUUGUCUAAAAAGGCAGGUAUGCCAACUGUUUAUACAGACUGAGAAACGUCCCAAACUGUAAAUGUACACACGUUGUGCAAAGUGAUUAUUUUGUGACUGACACAGAAACCAAAGCAAUAACGUUUCACCUUGUCACGUUCCAGAGGGCCAGAUAACCGUUGGGAUUGGGAGCACGCUGACCUCACACACUUGCCCAACUCUACUUCCUACAGAUCCAAACCCCACUUAAUCCUUUUGGAUCCUCACCCAAACCUACAGUAAAAUGACCCCAGUGGGUGGGAAAUUCCCGAAGCUUCUCCCCUCUGCUGGCAUUGGUUGGCUAGAAGUCCAGUGGACAACAUCUGGCAAAGUUUUGUAGGUGACUCCCCACCACCGAGAUUACAAAUGCACUUUGACACCCUCAGUGUAAGGCAGGGAUUAGUCUGCCAGACCAAUGCUACCAUUUAAUUUGAAGGUUAGAACUGGUGCACAGUGCAGAUCUCCCAGAUGGAAUAACGAGAUGGUUUUAAUGACCUUCUUGUUUGACAUCAUUUUAAUUACCUCUGCAGUAAUUUUUUUCAAACAGGUUGUAAGCUAAUAAAAAAAGACAAUAAUAAACUGCCAAGCCUCUAAAUAUGAGACUGCAAUAUAUCUAUUAACAAUAUAGUCUGUGUGAAUUUGUCCAAGUUAUUUGUCGUCUUCCAGUGAUGUGUUAACGUUCUUUGUUCAGGUUUUCAUCUUUGUCUACACAGAACCAUGCUAAAUUUACAGAUAAGGUUAUACUGUAGCUCAAACCUUUGGUGUGACCUGAAUUGAAAUGUCUGAUAGAUUUUCAACCGCUUUCCCUGCCAUCCACCAUCCACAGUGUGUUAACCAUGCUGUUAGUCACACUGAAGUGUUGUAGGCAAGUCCUACUGGCAGUUCAGAGCUUUUUGUGUGUUUUGUGUAACUUGGUGAGUUUUGUAUUGUGAAGAAUUCUGUCCUGCUUCACACCAGGUGCAUGUAUGCCCUCUAAUAGCAACAUAAGAGAAACUUUAUGACUGAAAAUUGUGUUAAAUCAGCAGCUGUGGUACCACUGCAUGCCCUUCAUAUAGAAGUUACAGUAAUGUUCAGCCAUAGUGAAAAUAAAAUGACUUCAUUCAAAUUUG